CUGGCUUAUUCCCGCCGAGUCAUUCUCUCCCACGCACGCUGAGCCAUUCUCCUGAGCUGUCCCACACUGAGCUACCACACUGAGCCAUGCCGCCUUAGUUUAGCUAAUCUCUUAGAAACAGUUCACCCUGACUUCCUGCUCCGCCUUUUCGGCAAGAGAAGUACAGAUACGGGCGAGCUCCUCUGGACACUCCUCUGAGGAGUUUGUCGCCACCAACAGUCUCUUAUAUCCCGUUCCGUAGGGUCAAGUACCACUUCUUGCACGGAUCCACACCACGGUUGCCCUCUAUUGUAUGUUGUGAGUGGCGAUGUAAGUGAGACAUGUUGAAAUGCAUGCCUUCGAUCUGCUGUUGCCUCCAUUCAUUUACUUAUCCCUUGUGACAGACAGCCUCCGUGUUCUGGAUCUGAAAUUGAGUGGUGAUCUACCCGUGAACGCGACCGGUCGGCGGGAUAAUGAGAAGUCUGAGGAAAGGAUCUGCAGCAGGCUGAGGGAUGUCAGCUUUCAUAAGGAGGAAGAAAUCUCCAUGAGGUGUUUAGGCCGAUCUUCCAAGGCGUCGAAGAACUUCUUGAACGAGUGUCGAGAUGAAUAUCUUCGUCUUAUCAAGAACAAGACGGCUGUUUUUAAACACCGCAACGAUCGCUGGGAGCGAGCGACAGCGGUAGACACCAGACCGCUGUCGACCGUCAUCCUGGGUGACGCGCAAAAGCAAUCGUUCAUCAAAGACGUUGAGGAUUUCCUUAAUCCGCGAACUCGACGAUGGUACUCUUGGCGAUCCAUGCCUUAUCGACGAGGCUACCUGUUGUACGGCUCUUUGUCACAUAUCAGCCCUGCCCGACUACAGCAGCUGCCUGCGGUCGCUGGUGUGCUGUAA